CAGUCUUGGUCUAAAAGUUGCUUUGAACGCCGAUCUUUGGCCCACCGUCUCCAUCACAUCCCGGAACUACACAGGACGUUUGCAUACUAGCGCACCUCCGACCAUGGCCAUCAACGCCAACGAAGACACCGAGUUCAACGACGCCCUCCGCAAGCACGGCAUCCUGCCCCCGCUCGAGCCGACCCCGCCCUCGCCCUCCCCGCCACCUUCGCCGACACUCUCCGACGCGCUCGACGACUUCACGCCCGCGGAGCUGCAGGAGCUCGCGGACGACGCGGCGGACGAGGAGACGGAGCGGAUGAUCGCCGCGUACCGCCGGCAGCGGCUGGACGAGAUGAAAAGGGAGGAGCGCCGGGGCCGCUUUGGGCGCGUGUAUCCCAUCGGCAGGGAGGACUAUACGCGGGAGGUGACGGAGGCGAGUAAGGUGGACGAAGGUGAAGGGGACGGGGAGGAGAAGGGGACGGGAGUGGUGUGUCUGCUAUACAAGGACGGGCAGCCGAGGAGCAUGCGGACGAUGGACCACGUCAGGACGCUGGCCGAGCGCCAUCCGCGCACAAAAUUCGUCUCUAUCGUCGGCGACAAGUGCAUACCAGACUUGCCCGAGUCGCGGCAGCCGAUGCUCAUCGUAUACCGGAGAGGGGACAUCAUCCAGCAGGUCGUUGCGUGGGGUGCGGACAAAGACCGAAGGAUAGAAGAACUCGAGGCGUUGCUCAUUCUCUGCGGUGCGAUCGUCCCUCCGGCUAAGAAACCUCCGCGCAGCUCGCGAGCGGACGACAGCGAGGACGAGGACGAUCUUUCCGACGAUCCUGCGACCCGGCGGCCCUCUGGCGUGGCGUUCGCGAACGGUCGGACACCUAAGAACGUUCGCGGCCCAGCAAAGAAGUCAGGGGACGAUUCCGACUCGGAUUUCGACCUGUGAAUGCGGUAUCGAUCCGCGGGCUUGCACGUAGGGAUGGUUACCGCCACGAUUCUUCCAAUGUAUCCAUAGUCCUGGGUUCGUGACCAAGUAAUGUACGGAACGAACACUCCUGUCUUGCAGGGCAGCAGCAUACGCCCUCCGACGAUGACCACAAAAACCACUCUGCGCGUGUGCACAGUGAAUAUGAAUGCAUC